UUUUUUUUUUUUCUUCCACUAUCUAUUCGAUUUACGCUAUUUCAAUUCCAGUUAAUAUUUAUAUAUAUUAUCUAUGGCUGUUUACAUAUGCAAUACCUCAUUACCAUAUAGUUCAUAUUCCUUGCUGUAUAUGACAAUCGCGCUCCAACUCGCGCAGUUCAUCGACUAAGAUACUAACAUACACCUUGCUGGCUAUUUCCCGCACUGUGAUCAGUCCUCAAUGUAUAUAUCUAACAUUCUUAGCGAGCUAACAAACGCUCACCCAUAAGAAUAUGGCGGCUUCGUCGUUCGGGUUUACCUCUUGGAGGAGGAGGUCCUCUUCUGUUACUUCUGAACCAGAUCUAGUAGAUAUUCCUGAGCCAAUAACCAACCCAAAUCAUUCUCAACGAUUAACUCCAGGAGAAUCACGACCGCUCUCGUCGUCGCUAAAUUCCACUAGCUAUAGGGAGCCCACUAGGUCAUUCGUGCCUGGUUCUGUGAGGGAUCAUCUAUCUCCUGUGGACAGUGCCAGUUUUGCUCGAAGUGUCCGCGAAGACACGGCCGAACUCGCUUCAUAUGUUUUAUCAGACAAGAAGGAUAAGCGCAGCACGUCAUUCCUCAAUCGAAUAUCGUCUACAUCGUCCCACCCUAGUCGCGACCAGUCAGUCUCCCAGCAUGAGUCUCCAUACAUCGAAGACUUGCAGGCGUCAAGCACGGACACUAUAGAUGAGGUUUCCGAGCCCUCUUCGUCAGGAUCUAGGACAGAGGACAUACACGACUCAGGACCUUCGGCGCUCACAAGCAUGCUCAGACGUUCUCCGCCUCAAUCUUUAGUCGAGCAGGAUAUUGGGAAUAAUGGAACUUUGAGUAGCGGACAACGGCGACCGUCGACGGGAAUAUCACAAUCGCAACCCGACAAUGAUGUAUCGGAAACCACCCCCUUACUCAGGGCAUUGUCGCGUCGACCCGAUUCUCCAGGUAGCGUUACGGAGAUUGAUGACAUCGAAAGUCAGAAACCGAAGGGAGGACCCUGGAGGCCGUCGUCAGAUGUGCUUAGAGGGAGCAUUCGAAGCAAGAUCCGCGGCAUUAAGAGUAUAGCCAACCCUAAAACUUGGGAUAAGAAGGUCGUUUGGCAGAGGACUGUACUGGAUCCAGUACAUUGCUUACCAGCUGUAAUUGUCGGGCUUUUGCUUAACAUUCUAGAUGCUCUAUCCUAUGGAAUGAUCUUAUUUCCAUUGGGCAACCCAAUCUUCUCGAAUCUAGGACCGGCUGGAAUAUCUAUAUUUUAUGUUAGCACUAUUAUCUCGCAAUUGACUUUCUCUUGUGGAAGUCUAUUCCGAGGUGGUGUUGGAUCGGAAUUGAUUGAAGUUGUUCCCUUCUUUCAUAAUAUGGCGUCUACUAUUACAACGAUAGUAGGAGAAGAUCAACCCGAUGCCGUUAUUGCUACGACUAUAACAUCAUUCGCCAUCAGUUCCAUGUUGACCGGUCUUGUCUUUUACCUCAUGGGAAAAUUCAAGCUAGGCUACAUCGUUGGCUUCAUCCCCCGCCACAUCUUAAUUGGUUGUAUAGGCGGCGUUGGUUGGUUCCUUAUCGCAACGGGCUUCGAGGUUUCCGCACGACUAGAGGAAUUCCACUACGACCUUGACACUGGCCGGAGGCUGGUGCAAUCGGAUACUCUACCCCUUUGGCUAAUACCUCUCGCUCUGGCCGUCAUCCUCUUCGGCCUCCAGCGAAAGAUCACAUCAAAAUAUUUCUUGCCUAUUUAUAUUCUAUGCGUGCCAAUAUUCUUUUACUUUUUCGUAUUUACUAUAGACAGCUUGGAGCCGGAGAAUCUUAGAAAAGCUGGAUGGAUUUUUGAGGCGCCCGAAGCCGGACAGCCGUGGUGGUAUUUCUGGACACUUUACAAAUUCAAUUUAGUUCACUGGGGAGCAAUUCUAGAAACUGUCGGAGCCAUGUUUGCACUGACAUUCUUCAGCGUACUUCAUGUUCCUAUCAACGUCCCUGCCCUGGCACAGAUUUCUGGAGAAGAUCAUCUCGAUUUAGACCAUGAAUUGAAGUUACAUGGCUAUUCGAAUUUCCUUUCCGGGCUCGCAGGAAGCAUACAGAAUUACCUCGUUUUCGCAAAUACUUUAUUUUUCAUGAGAUCAGGCGGUGACAGCCGUUUAGCGGGUAUAAUGUUGGCAGCGUUGACAUUCGGCGUCAUGACAAUUGGACCGGUGAUCAUUGGCUAUAUCCCAGUAAUGGUCGUUGGUACUUUGAUCUUUGUCCUUGGGUUUGAAUUGCUUUUAGAUGCACUUGUGUCUCCAAGGCGAAAGCUUAAGCUAUUAGAAUAUUUGACAAUUGUGGUAAUAGUUCUUACCAUGGGGAUUUAUGAUUUUGUCGUUGGUAUUUUUGUUGGCAUAAUUCUCGCAUUUGUCUCUGCGAUUUUCCAUGCAUCGCAGGUUUCAGCUAUUCGAGCGACUUAUACCGGAGACCAAGUCGGCUCUAUGGUCAGACGGAACCCAUCUCAACACCAUUACUUACAAGAAGUUGGAAGCCAAACAUAUGUGAUCAAGUUGUCCGGAUUUUUGUUUUUCGGCACUAUUGUCGGCGUCGAGGAGAAAAUCCGUAGCUUGAUAUCCGAUGAUGUAUUCAACGAACAUCCGAUUAAAUAUCUGAUCCUCGAUCUAUGGCACGUUACGGGUAUCGAUUAUUCUGCGGCCGAGGGGUUCAAAACCAUCAACCGGCUCUUGUGUGGGAAGAGUGUACAUCUCCUUAUAAGCGGUAAAGACGCGGAGAGCAGGAUUGGUCGGGAUCUAAGAGCCGUUGGGCUGGGAACCGAUGGGCCCGAGGUCAUGUUUAUGCCUGACUUGAAUUCGGCACUCGAAAGCUGCGAGAAUGAACAGUUGAAAACAUUUUAUGCUCGCCAAGAAGCUUUAAGAAUAUCUCGACCGGCUCCGUCGAGUAAUUUGGACGUACCUAAUAAGGGCCAAUUUAGCCAAUCAUUGGACAUGCUGUCACAAUCUCCGAGGAAGAAUCAUCUCGACCAAGCAGCGAGGAAUGUGCUAAAUCAACAAGAGAUGAGGCGGUCGACGAGGUGGCAAAAUAUCAGUGAGCCAUUACGGCUUAUGCUUCAGGUCUUUUAUGAUGUGAGCGACAAAAACGAGGACUUUUGGUUCCGAGCAAAGCCAUAUUUCAUUCGCAAGGAUUUCACAGCAGGCACAGUGCUGUAUGAACGUGGCGAAUCAGCCAAUGGCUUCUACCUCCUAGAAAGAGGGGAACUCCGUGGUGACUAUGAAACGCCACAAGGUCGGUUAUCCGAGCCUAUCGUGCAGGGCACAACAUGUGGCGAGCUUCCGUUCUUCUCGGAGACGAAUCGGACUGCUACAGUGGUAGCGGUUAAAGACUGUGUUGUUUGGGUUAUGGACACGGACAAUUGGGAGAGGUUGCAAAAUGAAGAGAAUGAAGUUGCGCAGGAAUUGCUUAGAGUCUCACUUAAGCUCACGAGCGAACGUAUGGAUGCUAUGACCAAGUAUAUAUCGGCGGUUGGGAAUUAGUCUGAAAUAUUAUGGAAUAGAAAAAAGGAAUUCAUACUAAAAUUGCUGUCGGAUUUCGUUGGCUUUUUGGAGUUUACUCGCCU